CCCGAAAGGAAGCGCCACCAAGUGGAGGCUGAUGGCGAUCAUCGGUGCCCUUGUCGUCUGCGCUCUGAUAGUCACCGUCGUCGCGGUGGUGAUCUUGACCAGUGAAUCAACGGGAAGUAAAACUAGCUACGACGAUGCUGUGCUAAGCGGCGGCGGCGGACAGUCGUCGAGAAGAAAUCGCCACACCGGUCAUCUUUCCAACGCGGACCACAACCACUUCGACCACAACCGCGAGUUCGCAGCACAAGUACUCAACGUCAGCUGGUACAUGGCACACCAGAGCAUUGACGGUGUGCACCGUCACGAGUGGUCCAGAACCCUUGUACUUCCCGGACGACGGCCUCUGCGACUUCGUGUUUUUCGACUCGCUGGGAGUGACUCCCGGAAGCAACGAUUUCUCAGUCGCGGGGCAGAGUUCCAUCGUGCAACGCUUCGUCACUCAGGGGCAAGUUGGCCAGAAGACACGAUACGGCAUGUCCGUGUCCUUCAGUGAUGCUGAGACCUUCAGUCGCGCCUUCCGCACAUCCAAGGGUAAGUCGGAUUACGAAAGCUACUGGACAUAUAGCGUCUACGACUGGGGCUUCCUCUCCAUCGACGAGUUCCAGGCCGCAGCAAGGCACUCCGAUGUCAGCUUCGCGCUGACCGCCCUCAAGGAAAUGCAAGAACACGCACUGACAAAAAAUUACCAGCGGCCCCGCACAUUCUUGGGAAUCUACAUGAGGUCAGACUCGGUCUGCGAGGCAGUUGCGGAGUAUAUCAAGACGAUCUUCACUCCAACUGGUAUUGUUGUCUUGGGGCACUUGUCCUACAACGAUAAUACCAGGUCUGAUUGCGUCAUCAUGCCACCCGUGAACUUGGUCGAGCCACGCACUGAGAUACCCGGCGUCGUCUACGGCCACAGCAUGCACGAAGCCAUGCUUGAUCUGGAGUGCCUUUGGGACAACGGCGUCCGCACCAACAUGUCGCUAUCCGUCACCAUGCAAGCCCGCCGGUACAAGCUUAAAAGCGGCAGCCAAGGAAAACCGCCGUUCUACAGCGAGUGUGGAACAGGCCAGUACGAACAACGUGUCACGGCUCAGGAGAUCUGCGACAACCCGAAUUCUGGGUACAAGAGGAACAUCAACUACGAUGGCGUGUUCAUGUCCGGGAUCACUUACGACCAGCAGGACGGUUUCGCCAUCGCGUAUGAGAACCGAGUGUCCUUACGUGUGAAGAUCUGCGACACCUGGACUCUCGAAGCUAAGGGCAUAGGGGUCGGCUUGGCCGUGUACGACGUGAACUACGACCACAGGCCCACGAUGUGCAACCCCAUCUGGCUCAACGGGACCUGGUCGCGGUUCCGCUUUCUGCUGAGGCUACGCGACUUCCUCAAUCAGGACUACCCCGAGGCAAACCUGUUCGAUGAUUGCAUGCGCGUCACGUGAUUUGCGGCGCACGUUGGGGAAGGUUUGAA